GCGCAUGCGCGCCUGAGGAGCCGCGGAAGGGUCGGGUGGGACGAUGCUGCGGCGGAAGCCGACCCGGCUGGAGCUGAAGCUGGACGACAUCGAGGAGUUUGAGGGGGCCCGCAAGGAGCUGGAGACUCAUAAAAAGCAGCAUGAAGAGGUGGACAUGGUGGGAGCCAAUGAUGGCGAGGGGGCCCUGGCACUGAAUCCCGAUCACAAGAGCUGGGAGCAGGUGAUCCAUGACCGGAUUGGCUACAAACUGCAGCCUAAAACCAGCAACCGUUCAUCUCAGUUUGGGAACUUUGAAUUCUAGAGCGACGGGGGCGGGGGGGGACACACGACCCUCGUCAUGCCGCUGCCUCUGGGCGAAACACGUUUGUGGGGGAUUAUGCGGAGCUGAUUUAGGACAAGGACGGCACAGGGACUGCAAGGAUUUUAGAAGAUGAAAGCUUUGCUAUUCUCUAAGAAAGAGACUGGAUCCCUUUUUUCCCUCGAAGGCUGCUUUCGCACAACCUCCUGCCCUGUGUACCUUUAAUAACCUCCCGUUUGCAACAGAGGGCUUAAAUCUUACAACAGUAAUAGAAAAGGUGCUGGCCUGGCCUGGCCUCUGUGUGCAAAUGGUUUCAGAUUUCACUGUUAAUGCCGCUGGGAGUUUUGCAUGGUGUAGCCCUCCCCAAUCUGGAAAAGUUUUAUUUCUGCAGCACCGCCGGCCGGGGGAAAGCGGGGCAGAGCCUCCUCCCUCCAGUCACUUUAACAAGGAUGAACUUCCAGGCUCACCUCUUCCUAGACCUGCGUUUGCGG